UUGUUUCAUGGGAGGUGCAGCGUGCCACUGAUUAAUUGCAGGGUCAUAAACCUCCAUACUCCGCACUGGAUGAGCCCCGUUGGUACCGCCUACCUGGGAGACACCAAUGAGUACAAGAAAGGAAUCACUCACCGCAUAGAUGUUUCCCUGAUAUGCAGCUACUCCGAGGCCACGUCAGCGAGUGCGCAUGGGAGCGAUCAAGGUCCAUUCGCACUGUGUGUGGGGAGCCACAGCCCCAUCCCUCAGGACAUGAAGCAGACACGGAGGAGGCCCGGACCCCAGACAGUCAGAGGCCCCCCAGGGCGUGGGAGCCCCCGGAGGACCACCGCAGGGAGAAUAGCAGCCCCUCACCCAGAAAAGGGCAGAGGAGAGCUCCGGAGGGAGGCCAUCCGGCAGCCACCGUGCAGGCUCCACCGGCGGCCGGCCCCACCACGGCAGACCAGGCCCUGGGCCCAGAGAUCCAAGGGCCCCCCCACCCCCCAGCAAGGGCCCGACAGAGCCAGGAGGGCCAGAUCCCGCCAGGCAAUCGCCGCGGGCGAGCCAGCACCCACCCGAGCACCCAGCCCUGGACAUCGAGAACCACCAACGCACCAGUGGCCAGGUGCCCCAUCCACCAGCAGGGAGUGUGGCGGGGGGGAAUAGAGCCCGAGAUGUUAUUUCAGGUGGAGUCUAGAACCCAACCUGACACAUGCAUAUAGACAAACAGGCACACACAUAUACAAGCAUACGUUCCCACCCUCAUGCACACAUAAACAAAUAUUUACACAUUCACCCAACAUAGAGACACACAGAAAUGAACGCUGUACACACACUCUCACUCCCCGUAUAUACUCUCUGUGGACCCCAUUUUUUUCCUCUGCCGAGGAAACCGGAAGACCACCCUGGACCCCGCAGCAGCCGAGAAGCGCACCAGCCCAGACCCCGACCAGACGGCCAGAUCAGUGACCUUUCAAAGUCAGAUCGUGGACUUUUAUCGUCGAGAUCAUGUAUGAUCUUCAAUACAUCAGUGAUAAUUGGCCUGCACGCCGCAUUGGCCUUCACUAGAUCGUUGGCUUUGACGAUCUUCAUAAAG